AUGGGUGUCCCUUUUGAAGCUCUGCUGCCUUAUGGCAUCUGUCUUGCCUUCUUCGGCAUCACCGGCGCCGGUCUCUCAAAGAUCAGAAACAUUCAGAACGGUGGCAAGCGCGCCAGACACUCCAUCGAUCAGUGGGACAGACAAAGUGCGCAAUUCUCCAUCUCCCGCGACCAUCAAUGUCCCGGAAAUACUGACCGAGGACCCACUACAGUGAUGGACCGCGACCGUCGCUUGACAGGCUGGCUCAGAGGCCAGGUCGACCGCCCUAUCGCUCCCGCCGGCUUCGAAUACAGCAAUGGAUGGAGAGUCGAGAAGAACUUGCACUAGACGCUACAAUACACGCCAACCAUACCCCCGAUUCGUCUUGUACAUUUUCCCCGGCGUACCCUUUAUGCUACACGCUCUUCCCGAAUACCAAUUUCUUGUUUCCGUUCAAUCCAUGCCGAGCUUUUCGUCACGCAUAACCCGAGAGAGAAACGUAUAUGUGAAUAAGGGCGGGAAACAAACAAUUACGCAAACCGAUUGUGCUAGAUUGCGACCACCAAUCCGCUGCUUGUUCGUGAGAUAUCGAUCCUGUUAUUUUGAAAGGCCUCGUCUUGAUACAUGCCAAACGAGGUAGGUUUGUGUUUACUUUCCCAGACAAGACGGUUUCUUAUAAUACCUCUCAUAUCAUCCU